CAAUGGUGAGAUCGACGGUGCUUCGUUUGAUGGUUAAAUUCAUUGAUUUACCUGACAGGGUGAUCUUUUGCUGACGUUACUGUUGGAAACCAAUUAUUUGAAAGAAGAUAAUAAUGAAAUUUGUUGAGCCAAAGUGGAAAAAGAACUCAAUGAUUUUAAUCAUUGGUUUAGUUUUUAAUAUUAUGCUUAAUUAAUGUCCAUACCAGGAUCAGUUGAAAUAAUAUGGCAAUUUUAUAAUAGAAUUUUUCUCGUUAUAAGUAGCCUCUUAUGGGUACAAAUACAACAAAGCCUUUUAAAAUACAAGAAGUAAAUGGCUGCGGACGUGUGGGAAUAACGGCUCGAAAUCUAAAAGAUUUAAAAAGAGAAGCGAUAAAACGAUUAAACAUUCAUGAAAAGCACCAACCGUAUUUAGAUGAUGGAACAGCUGUUUUGACCGAGGAGUAUUUUAAACGUCUACCACCACAGACAUGUUUUACUUUUUGCCUUCCCGAUGAUGAAGAUAAUCUAGAAAUGGAUAUUCUCAAGUUGCAAGUACUGACAAAUAAAAUUGCAAAGAAGCUAUCAGGACAGGAGACUAUCACUAUUCAAGUUCAGGAGUUGCUCAAUGGAAACCAUUCACAACUUGUCAAUCAAGCUUUGUUGGAUUGUGUGACCACUCUUGAUUCAAAUAUUGAUUUGGAAAGGAGAGAGGAUGAUAGUGGUUGGUUUGAUGGAUUACAUGAAAAAUAUCAGAAUAAGAAUUCUGUCAUGAAAGAUGGGGCAAAGAAAAGAAUUAGGAAUUAUUAUCAACGUACCAAGGAAUACCUCAUUGACCAUGAGUGUGGUGGCAAUAACACAAUGGCUUUAUUGGAUCUUUUUCAUCAGGAAUUGUGCAAGAAUAAUUAUUAUGAAAACUAUUUUGCUCGUUCUGCCAAAAGUAAUGCUCGAAUUUGCGAUAAACUUGGCUGGUUUAAAUGUGAGGGAAAGUUUAAUGAGGAAAAUUGUGCAAAAUUACAUUCCAUCAAUCCUUAUGGUUCUAAAGAAGCACGAAUUGUAUUCAGUACCUGGAAUCUUGACCACAUAGUUGAAAAAUCGAGAGAGAUUUUACCAUCUUUAUACAAAGCCAUUAAGGAAACACCUAAAGAUAGUGAAGUUAACUGGAGAUAUUUCUAUGACCUUUUGUUCACAAAAAAAAAUUUGAAACUAGUUCAUGUUGCCUGUCAUGUGAAAGGUAUUCACACAAACAAGACUUGUGACAAGAAGAAGUUUUAUAUACACAAAAAAAAAGAGUAAAAAUUCGCGUCAUCUUGUGAAAAU